UAACACAUGUAAAUCACAUAUCACUCAUCAUGCAGCAGCACACGCCCAACGCUGCAAAGUCGCGGCCGCAAGGUGCCCCUGCCGCGGCGCUGGCGAGCCCCUACACCGCCGCGCCGACUGCCGCCCCUACAUCCAGCCUAUUUCCUCCGUUCAUCGCCGCUUCCACUUCCACCUCGGCCGCAGAGGCCGCGGCGGCGGCCGCGCUGUGGGUAGGCGUCGCCGGCAUGGUCGGGGCGCUGGUCGCGACCUGGCCGCUGAUCGAGAGCGCCAAGGCCGCCGGCGGCAUCAACCCGCUGCUGCGGGCGGACUGGCGGCGCAGCGGCCUGUUCCUGGGCUGGGCAGUGAGCGUGCUGCUGGCCGCAGCCACCGUGACCUCGGCCGCUUGCGCGCUGCGCUACUACAGCCGCCCUUCCGGCCGCCGCGGCAGUAGCAGUAGCCACGGCAGCAGCAUUGGCGCUGUUGCUGCCGCAAGGCAGUGGGCGACGCUGUGGGCGGUCAAGGUCGCGGCGCUGGUGCUGCUGACUGCGCUGACCACCGCGCCGGGCCUGGGACGCCGCACGCCGCUGUUCUUCGGUGUGGGCGGCUGCGCCCUGGCCGGCAUGUUCGUGGUGACUGCGCUGCUGUGGGCGGCGGCGCCCGGGCGGCGCACCCCCGCUGAUUGCUGCCUACUGGAGGGCUACGCCUUCUUCCUGUGCGCAGCCUGGUUCACGUGCGGCGUCCACACCGCGCCAGCUUUCGCACUGGACCCCGGCUGGCAGCGUGACGGCACACGCGACGCCGCCGCGCUGGCUCACGUGGUGAUGCUGUUCUGGCUGACGGGCUGGGCUUGCACCGCGGCGGGCCACUGGCUGCGGCGCGGUGAGCUGCUGCAGGCGGAGGCGGCGGUGGAGGCAGCCGCCGCAGCGGCGGGACCCGGGUCACCCAGCAGGACGGUGAAGGAAGAGUGACCAGCGGGUGGCGGCGUGGCGGGCCGGUUACGUUGAGACGUUGUACGUGCAGUUUGCGCACAGCGCAGUUGGCACGUGGCUGCUGUUUGAGGUUGGGCAGGCGCGU